GCAAGAACAGGCAUGGCAACAAACCAAAAGACUGCAUUCUGGAGCUUGAAGAGCUGCGAAGAACAGAGGCUGACCAAUGUGUACUCGGAUCUAUAGCCUAUAGCCAAGGUGGCCGCAGUCAUAAUCUGGCGGAGUCAGCAUCGGCCCAAGGAACCCGAAGCCUUGCGUGGACAUCUUUCGCCGGUUCGAGUGAAGCAGAAAUGUCGAAUCUUUCAGAACACACCAAGGUCCCUUGUGCGAGAUCACCGACGGAGGACCUCAGGGUCUCUUCUACACACUCAGUACACCCACCUUUAUUCGCACUGAGUGCGUGUUUCCCUCAAAACUCCGGUAAGGGAAAGGCGAAUACAGUUAGUACGACUUCACUGGUGUGGGCGGCUUCUGUCGGCGGUUCUCCCGUUCUAUUUCCUGGAAAUGUUUGUCUGCGUAAGAGACUUCAAGACUCACCUGUGACGUCGUCGGAUACCAGAAAGACUUCAGAAGGUCUGGUUGGAUCGCAAGAGAGUAUGGUUUCCGGUACAAUCGAAACUGAACGGUAUAUUUCUCCUGAGAAGGGAAGAGACAGAGUCCAGGGUGGAAAGAAAGCCUCGGAGUUUCUUGUAGCAGUUCGUCGCGGAGUGACGCGUACAGUCUCACAGUCAGAAACUGCAGGACCAUUGCCUUCCGGAACACGUCCAGAACUUUUGUGCACGACACCUGUCUCCGGUCGUUCUGCUUCUGGGGAUCGUUCUCUUGUUUGUGCAGAGCUGUGUCACGUCGCGCCUCUCCACCUUGCUGUAUCUUCUACUAUGCAGAUGCAUCGCGUAGAGAAAAAAGUACGAACAGCGGGGGAAGCUGGUCAGGGGAAGUCUAGCGUGACUGACAGCGUCGUUGGAACGACGGUUGUGGUUCGGGAAACCGACGACGUUGAAACUUGUUUGCUGGAAGAGAGGGGAAAGCUCCAAGGUGGCACCCGCACUUCUUCAAGACUAAAAGGACAGUUUUCUUCAAUGUGUGACGGUGUCUGCGUUUCGUCUUCUCCCGCUCUGUCGACGGAUGUCUUUUGGGAUUCUUCGAAUGAGGACCCAGAGGUCCGGCUGCCGCCUCACACAUGGCCCAGCGGCUUCACACACCCUACGCGCUUUUCUCCUCAUACGCAGCACCGGCAGAGUGCUUUAUCGUUGGGACCAGAGUGCAGUUGUGGUAUAUUUGGCGGUCGCGGCUUAAGCAUCCGCAGACCAGGUGUGCAUCCAUCAAGUCGUUGCUGGGUAGACAGUGACAACCACGCCGAGUCUAGCAGGUUUAAAGCAGCACCAGGAUUAAGUAUGGUAGUUGAUAAACCUGAGGAAGGCAGAAGACAAGAGGUGGCUUGCAGUCUGCGGGAGUUGGGCACAAGCGCUAAGCACGGGAUCCUCCGCUCGAAACAACGGGAUGGCCGAACUGAAUGCGCUGACGGCUGUAACCAUAAAAUGCCGUCUGAGGCAGAGGUGGAAAUAUGUGAGACGAACACCACAUGUCGUCUCUUUGGAAAAGCCGUCCAGAAGGACAAAGGCAAAGAGCAGCCUACUUCGAUUCAACGUGUUUGUGGCGUCCAAGCAGAAAUCAAUAUUACUUGUGUGGAAAGUAGGGGAAGGAAAAACAGUGAUUUGGUAAGCAGUCAAUGCCGAGGCAAUAAAGAAGCAGCAGAAAGCGGUUCAUAUUGCACUGCAGAUCCGACAGGAGGAAGCGCUUUAUCGAAAUCUGUAUCUGGUCUGAUGUUCGGCAAUUCAGCACAACGCGAUAUUCGUUGUGGAGUUUUGUUGGCAAGAGAAGGACCGCUUGCAUACAAUUUUAGUACUUCUAGAUAUAUGACAGAUCCGACGGUCCUGUGCUCCGGAAGCAGACGGACGAACCAUCAAGAUAAUUCUUCUCUCUACUCGUUUGGUCCGUUCAACUACACAGCGGGAGCUGCUGUUGGGGCUCCCACUCGUAGCAACCGUGGAACGAAAAUCGGUGAUUGCCUGGCGCAUGAGCGAACCGAAGGAGUCCACCCGGAGGCACCAGACGAUGAGCCCGCCAGGAGCUGGCCAGCCAUGGCGUUUCUUUUUCCCUCUCCUCUUCAAAAAAGACUGAAGUUAUUUGCGACAGCACACAGCCGUUUUAAGCGAACAAUGAUUGAUCUGGAACAAGGGAAGCUUCGACAACCUCGGGCUUCGAGGCUGGGAGUUCCACGGUCUACGGUAAUAGAUUGUCCGACCACCUGCAACCGCAAGCUCGUGCACGUCUUUGGACGGCAUCGUAGAUCGCAGCUGCGUUCACCCUAUAACAUUCAAGAACGCAGAUAUCCUGCAGAUCAGCCGUGGCGGUGCUGUCGCCGCGAGUUGUCGGAGGGCACGGAGAAGACAAAAGAGGUGGAUCAAAGGGGGCGUUUAGUCUCGGCGGUGCACCCUAUUGAGCACACUGGAGCAGCUACCCAGCUAAAAGAUAUGGCACACACCCUGAACGAAAAGAACAGCAGAACAGCAGAAGAGGCGGCGCAUCCGACGUGGGCGGAAGGAAAAGUCGGGCUACCAGAUGAUCACGACAAUUUAAUGGCGAGUCUCUUCAGAAAAGCUUACACAACCCAGCUGAACUCAUCCAAAACCGUCGCUAGCAUCCGUCACACCAGCGCCGACAGCAGCACAGUUUCGGAAAGCCACGAUGACAGUCGACCUUCCGAUUUUGGCGCCGAAGCCAACUGUGGAGACACAAUAGUUCGCCGGCCACUUGGCGGCGCGGGGAAAAGCAGAAGUGGAGUGACCAGUCUCAAAGAAACCAGAAAAGUAAAUGCGUGGAAAAAACGUAUAUGGACGGAGAGUGGCCCCGCCGAAUGCAAGACCGCAACUAGCAAGGUGGCUGAGGUUGGGAAAUCCAGACAGGAGCCACAUUUCGACGACAAAUUAUUCGAUAACUGCGAUCCCCGAGAUGAGACACAAAACUCGGAGAAGAUCUGCCUCCAGGAGAUAUUUUGUCAAGACCUGAUGAUUCUCGAGUUUGUUGACGAAACGUUGAACCAAGGAAUGAGAGAUAGCAACGAGAAGAAAAACACAGGAGAUGUGGCCUGCCGACCGUCAGGAGACUGUAACCCGCGAAGAGACCGCACCUCUGACAGCAAGCAACCAAAACUGAAACUUCAGCAAUAUUGCCAUGCGGGGGCGGGAACUCCGCUGCCUGUACUCAUGCCGACAGAAUUCCUGAGCGACGAUUCUCUAAUAACAAAAGCGGAGGCACAACGCGGUGUUCAGUCAUCCCUGGUAGACACCCGUAAAUCCGUUCCCACGGUCACUGGACAGAAACGCUGCCACGAUGAGGUACACAGUUCACUUUUACAGAAGGAACUGUCUCCUCUGUUGUGCGACUACUGGACUCAAACAGCCACACUUGUCACAAAAGCCGGAGUAACCAUGUACUACGUCACUACACAGCAAAUUGGCGCGUCGUCAGAAAGAACAGAUCAGUCUGUGAGCGACGGCAAGGCAGAGGUGGGCAACACCAGCAUGCGUAGGACAAGUGGCCUGGAAACCUAUUCUCAGGCUCUAGGAGAGUUUGAUGCGGAACCAGAAGUGAAUGGAGAGAUUAUCAGUGACGACGGAAGCCUAGCGGCAACUGGCAGGAGUGGGGAUGCUCCUCCUUUUGUCGAAACACCAGCCAAUCAGCAUGGAAUUCAUCAGGUGGCAUGCGUAGCCACUCAGCCCAAUGCAGCCCUUAGAGUCGACACUUUGUCGCAGGUACCGCAUGGCAUUUACACGCGUUCAUUGGGGACGUCCUUUUCUACGGUCGAAACUGAAGAAGCCGAAGGAAUGUUAGCUGGCGUCUUUUCCGUCGUUGAUUCGGGGGGUGCCUCAGGUCUUUCAGGAGGAAAGUCGGAGGCUAAAAGACUGAAGAAUCAACACCUUCCGGGGGAAGCCGAAAGAGUUGCAUGCCGAAAAAUGGCACCGCCGAUUGCUUGGACACCUCCUUUCUCUCGAGAUAGGAACGGCAACGAAACGUUGGAAAGUACGAGGAAACCUCCUCAUCCUGACGAUCGAUGGACCAGCGGAACCACUGCGGCAGAGUCUUGUGUGAGUAGACAAGAUUCCACAGAGCGCAUUACAGCUGUUGUAAGCAACACCGAAACGGCGGCGCUGGAACCUGAGAACCUUCCGCCGCCGUACGUGAGGACUGUGCCGAGCGCACCGGAGCCGAUGGAAGGUUGUGGACAAAAACGAAGCCGCUUAUUAGUGAACAGUAGAACAGGUAGCCACGGGCCGCCGCCGGAUAUCUCUGCGCCGCUUACACAGCGGAUACGGCUGUGGCCUAACGAAGAUGAUGUCGAAGAAGAUGAAUCUGGAAAACAGUUUUUGGAGUCACUCGCUUGCCGACAACGAUGCCAUCUUGCUACUAUGCGUCCUCUGCCUUCCAGCCAAGACGAUCUGACUGGAUGGUGGGGUAGCACCAGCGGCUCAGAUACGGAGCAACAUAGCCACAUCUGUGAUGAACGCACCAGUGUUAGAGCGUUUAGUCGCCUACAACAGCGUCAGGGCUCCUGUAUCAGUUCUCACAUCAAGCUUUCUCUUUCUGAAGGAGUUCCUUUAGGACCAGCGAAAUCCUGUAUCGAGAAGAACGAACGAGCGGAUCUCCAUCUGUGGCAGCGGCGCACUCCUCAACCCCAACUAUCAGCGUCAUCAGCUCAAACAUUAAGGGAUAGCGAGGUGCUGCAAAGACAGCGGAGUGACAACAUUACAUUGGAACAAACGCUGCAUUCGGUAGCAAAAGAAGCGGAUACUACGGUCCAGCACCAUGUUGCAGCGUUGGGAAUCUUGGGGCUGUGUUCGGCUUCCCCUACGUUUGUCCCACAAGCCUUUCAGCAGCCAGUCCACCAUCAAAUUGAGCAGCAUUUGCUUUUCCACCAACAUGAAAGUCAGCCGAACCACGAUCAUCAUCAUCCUUCACACUCUUGUCGAGGUCCUCAACUGCUGCCGCGGGCGGACCUCCAGCCGAAGCUAGUGACCGGAAGCGUGCACAUGCAAGAAACGAACUCGUUGUUUCCUAAGUCCCGGCGUAGCUCAUUCUGCGUCACUUCAGCUAGCGAGUGUGCGUCUGAUCGAGUGUCACGUCGAGCGAUGCCGUCCUCACGAGGAAGGGCAUCUGGUCCGCCUUCCUGUGAUCGGCUUCCUUCUUUCCGUCCUGCUGAUCAUCUGGAAGAGAAUCCUGGCCACAACAGCGCAGCCCUUUCACAAAAUAUAAGGCCUAGAGGACCUCCGAGUCUGCUGGCAGAUACGUGUCCUAUUCAUCCACUUUCUGAAGAAUAUCCAAUCCCCCUACGCUCUGCGGACGGAAGACACAGUGGAGGAGCUUGCGACGUACUCUCUAGAGGUAUAUUCUGCGCUGGCGAAGGGGAUUGGAGUUCUGGAAAGGAGUGCACCUCGUGUACCGGAAACCAUGUGUCGCAUCAAUGGCAACUACAGCAGAAUCACCAUAAUAUCUUAAUAUCGAAGAAUGCUAGAACAACGGACAUUCCACACCAGCCAAUCUGUCUUCCUGGUCCCCCUUCCUAUCGUCUAGGCGGACUCUCCUCGUCUUCUUUUAGCGGCGAAACGACAACAGCGGCUACAAUAGGUCCAGGUAUUGCAUCUCAUCAUGGGAACGGAGGUCAUCGUGGACAUGGUGAAACAGCUGGAGAUUCCUGGGGGAAGGGGCUCGUCAGGAGAAAAGGACGACGCCGGGUUCGGCCACCAUUCAAAAGAUUCCGUUGUGCAAUGGUUCCUCGUGUCGAAAAAUGCAGGAGCAGAACUUUGGACGGUUUCGCAAGUGGAACGUUGUCAAUGCGGCUGCAAUUGACGGAACCACUAGCUCCUCACAUAGAAGGCGUGACCUCUUGUAAGCGGAAUACGUGUCGACGACAGCAGCAGCGAUGUCCGCACCGGCGUUCCUCAUCUGUCCAACAGUGUUCCGAGAAUGUGCUGAACUCAGAAGGUCCAGCACGAGCUUUAGAUUGCCCAGAGCAGUAUCCAACAACUGGGCCAAUCUCUGGAUCAUCAACUCAGUGGGAAUGCGCACCGGGUGAACACAGAUUAAACUCGGUACUGAUUGAUCAGACGCCUUCCCUUCAGAAUGUCGCCGAAGAAGAAAUGCAGUCGCUGAGACAACUCUCACGUACCACAUCACCGUUCUUAGUGACGAGUCGUGCGUCAGGUGGCGCUUGGGUAGAACAACCUCAGGCUCGGACUCUCAAGUGCACAUCCUUGGGAAGUCUUGGAAUCACACUGCAGAACGAAGGCCUGGGCCACAGUCGACAAGAUCCUUCUCAAGUGCCGACUUAUGGAAACGUGAUCGAUCCCAGGCAUCAGAUGCAACGCGUUGAGGCUGGUAACACAGUUCAGUGUCUGAGGGAAUGCCCGAACGAAGUGUUGCCCCGGCAUCGUAUGACAGUCCUGGAAACGGUUGCCCAGAGUCCAAGCAUAGAGCUUCUUUCACAUCCUCAGGUGGCGACGAAUGAGAAGGAAAUACAACGAGUGGCACCUGAACAGCCGUCAUGCCAUCAUGGUAACAGCCCGCCUUUAGAGCAACAAGAGUUUCUAUAUCAAACCCCAUCCGCACCGCCUUUGCGUCCACUGGCUUUGCAGCCACCCAAAAAAGGUGAACGGGAUGAACAGGAGCAGCAACUGUUACAGCGCCGUGGUCCUUUUGCUCAAGCUGGAGUGUCGGUUCCGAGGUCACUCGCACGGAGCGCCCAGGUCAACAUUCGCCGACUGGCCGCCCGGCUGUUGGACGACAAUGCCUCUGUUCUACCUCUAGCAUCUCCGGAGCAACCAAGAGCUUCCACACUUAAACAAACGCCGGUGGUUGACUUCCCUGAGUUAGCGAUACAGUCGCUGUUGCCGUCGCUCGAUGGAGGAAAAUCUCCCCCACUAACGAAACCCAUGGAUUACAUCCAUCUCGCUACGUGUUCCCGCCAGCAGCAAUAUGGUAAUAGGGGUCAGUCAAAAGGUGCGAUGGCCAGGCUUGUUGCACCACCAUCUCGCAGUCUUCAAUCAGAGCAAAGGGCGCAAGUAAUGCGUUCUCCAAUGAGUAUGUCAGCGAUGAGGUUCCAACACCAAGUGAACCACCACCAUCACCGCCGCAUUCCGGGCUUCCAUCUCGAAUCAGAUCAGUCAUCUGCGCUUGAAACUAUCGACAGACGGUAUGCACCUCAUGCUCCACCCCCUCUGGUGAGCGCCGGAAGGUCUUCCCCGUUAUCGCGUCAUACAUCGUCUGCAAUACUGAACCACCGCAUGACAUGUCGAUCGUUGCGUCAGCAACGACGCGCGUAG